AGUAGAAGAGAAGCAGCAGUGGGAGUUCUCUUUCAAAACAAACAAAACCAUUUUUUUAGAAUACUUGUUAACAAACACCAACUACUUCCCCUUUCUUUCUACUUUACAAUUACACCUCAAAUCCCCGCCUUCAACCUCCUCUCCUCCGCCCUCUCCUCCGCCCCCAUCUCCUCCUCCGGCCGCCGCACCACCCCUCUUUUUCCACUAAUCUCCAUCUCAACCACCAUGUCUUCUUGAAAUAAAAAUUACCCUCUUUCUUCGUCGGCGGUUUUUGGCCGGAAAAAAAGAAAAAGGAUUUAGAUUCGGUUGACGGCGACGGAGCAAUGGGAAUGAAACGAGGGAAGAUCUUUAAGUCGUCGUGGCCCAGGGUUGUUGCGAGAAACUGGCUGAAUUUUCCGGCCGACAAGCAUGGUUUUCAGUCCGAUUUCGUCACUCAAGAGAGGAGGAGCUGUUCCGAUCAAGACCGCUGCGCCGUCGUGCCGGAAGAAGAUAUCGGAGUCGAAAGGUGGACAAUAGAGAAGACAAGUGGACUUAAAGCUAAGCCCCACAGUGAAUCUCUUGACCUGAGGAUGUUGGUGGGAACAUGGAAUGUGGGAGGAAAGUCACCAAAGGAUGGCUUGAACUUGAGGGAUUGGCUCAACUCUCCAACUUCAAUUGACAUUUAUGUUCUUGGGUUCCAAGAAAUCGUGCCCCUAAAUGCAGGCAAUGUGCUUGGGGCGGGAGAUAGUGGCCCUGCUGCCCAGUGGCUAUCCCUCAUCCACCAAGCCCUCAACACCGACGACGUUGAUUCUCCGACAUCAAAAAACCAGCAGCAAGCGCCCCAGAAGCCGAGGCAUAGUUUCUCCGACUUGCUCGCUUUAGAAGACGACAAUGAAACCGGGGUGUUUUCGCCCGGUAACCCAAUGCAGCGACGGUAUUGUCUUGCAGCAAGCAAACAGAUGGUGGGCAUUUUCUUGUGUGUGUGGGUUCGAGCGAAUCUUUAUAAACACGUCUCGAAUUUGAAGGUCUCCAACGUCGGAAGAGGCGUUAUGGGGUUUCUUGGUAACAAGGGAUCUGUGUCCAUUAGCAUGACAUUGAACCAAACAACAUUUUGCUUUGUAUGCACCCAUUUGACCUCUGGGGAGAAGGAAGGUGAUGAAGUAAAAAGAAACUCAGAUGUGAGUGAAAUUUUGAAGAAAACUAGGUUUUCACAUUCUUGUAGAGCUACAACUAGAGCACAGCCACCUCCUCCUGAGACCAUAUUGGAUCAUGACAAGGUCAUCUGGCUUGGGGAUCUGAACUAUCGGCUUUUGACUGGCUGUGGGGAAACACACGAGCUUCUUAGAAAAAACGAUUGGCAGGCACUUCUAGAGAAAGAUCAGCUAAGGUUAGAGCAACGAGCUGGUCGAGUGUUUAAAGGGUGGGAAGAAGGAAGAAUACAGUUUGCUCCAACUUACAAAUAUAUCACCAAUUCUGACCAUUAUGUUGCAUUGACCUCCAACUCCAAGCCAUCCAAAGAGAAACGCCGCACUCCAGCUUGGUGCGAUCGGAUAUUAUGGAGAGGGGUAGGAAUGAAGCAGAUGUGGUAUGUUAGAGGGGAGUCUAGAUUCUCAGAUCACAGACCUGUUUAUUCACUGUUUUCAGUCCAAGUUGACUUGGCAAACAAAAAUCUGGCAACUGCCAACUCUAACAUUGCUGCUGCAACAAAACCGUCAAUCGACACUGCCUUGUCAUCUUUAUGUACAGCCAAAAUCCAAGCUGAAGAACUCUUGCUCAGGGCGGAAACGACUGACACCUCCCUUCAGUAACCGUAACUAGUCUUGGAAAGUAACCAAUGUAUAUUUGAUUUCCAAGUUUCCAACAGCUGAAAACUGAAAGCUGCAAGCUUAAGGCUAUAGCCAAUCUGGCCGCCAUCGACCAAUCAACAGUAGGCGUGGUGACUGAUAGAUCUCAAGUGCUUGAGCUAUGAAGCACAUAAAUCGUGCUUGUGGGUCAACCAUACAUUUCAGUCUGGUGAUUCUUUUAUUUUGUUUAAGGAAAAGGAAUCAAAUCAAGCAAGAUGUGGGCGUCAAGCUCAAAAUUUUGAUAUAGUUUUUUGAGAAAUUUGUAGAUAUAUAAUUGGGAAUGUUAAUGAUAAAAAGUUGGGUGGGCAGCAGAAGUAUAUAAGAAAGCUAGAAAAAAUGGGAAAUGGGAAGAAUGAUGACUGCAUCCCUGGAUUUAUCUAUUCUAACAUGUUUAUAUUUAACGGCAAGUUUCAUACAA